AUGCGCACUUCAAUCUCUCAGCUCUUCUCUGCGGCAGCGACGGAUCAAGAUGCCAAAGGACGGCAGAACGCACCGACGGCGACGGGAGUGCCUUCCCAUGACGGGUUUACAGGACACAGUGGAUCAAUUAGAGAUGUAUCAAAAACAGACUGGAAUUCCCACAGCGGGGACGGAACAACGCAGCUCAACGGGACUCUCGGGCGAGGGACGUCCGAAACGGCAGAGACCGACUCAUCAGGGACCGGGGGGAUGCGGGACGCGUUGGAGGGGCCGGGCUCAGCGCAGAACGACCUUAUUCACCUCAAGAGACGGGUGGGACUCUUCAGUGGGGUUGCUUUAAUUGUCGGUACCAUGAUAGGGUCCGGAAUUUUCGUGUCGCCAUCUGGUUUACUGGUGCGAACCGGUUCCAUUGGUGUAAGCUUUAUCAUAUGGAUGGCCUGUGGGUUGCUCUCGUUGUUAGGUGCAUUGGCGUAUGCUGAGUUAGGCACAAUGAAUACUUCAUCCGGAGCAGAAUGGGCAUACUUUAUGGAUGCGUUCGGAGCGUGGCCAGCCUUCCUCUUCUCGUGGGUGUCGACGCUGGUGCUCAAACCGUCCCAGAUGGCGAUCAUCUGUUUGUCGUUCGCGCAGUACGCCGUCGAAGCGUUCGUGUUCGAGUGCGACCCGCCGCUGAGCGUGGUGAAGAUGGUGGCCAUCCUAGCGAUCGUGAGCAUUUUAUUCGUUAAUUGUUAUAGCGUGAACCUCGGCAUGGCGGUGCAGAACGUCUUCACGUCGGCGAAGCUGGUCGCGGUCCUGAUCGUCAUCUGCGGCGGUGCGUACAAGCUGUGCCAGGGCAACACGCAGCAUCUGCAGCAUGCAUUUAGUGGCGCGACACCGUCGCUCGGUGCGAUCGCAACCGCCUUCUACACCGGCCUGUGGGCGUACGACGGUUGGAACAACUUGAACUACGUGACGGAGGAGAUCCAGAACCCGAGCAAGAACCUUCCGCGCUCGAUCAUCAUCGGUAUUCCGCUCGUCACGCUCUGCUACGCCCUGAUCAACGUCUCGUACCUGGCCGCCAUGUCGCCGACGGAGAUGAUCGAAUCGGAAGCGGUCGCCGUCACGUUCGGUAACCGGAUCCUGGGUGUGAUGGCGUGGCUGAUGCCGCUCAGCGUCACCAUCAGCACGUUUGGCAGCGCUAACGGGACCCUGUUUGCCGCUGGCCGCCUGUGCUUUGCUGCUAGCCGCGAGGGACAUCUGUUGGACAUCUUGUCGUACGUCCACGUGAGACGUCUUACGCCGGCACCAGGCUUGAUUUUCCACUCGUUGAUUGCCGGCGCAAUGGUGCUGUACGGAACGAUCGAUUCCCUGAUCGAUUUCUUCAGCUUCACCGCGUGGAUCUUCUAUGGAGGCGCUAUGGUGGCCCUGAUCGUGAUGCGCUAUACCAAGCCCAACUAUCCGCGCCCGUACAAAGUUCCGCUUAUCAUUCCGAUUUUGGUCAUGGUUGUUUCCGGCUACCUGGUCGUGGCACCGAUCAUCGAGAAGCCGCAGAUCGAGUAUCUGUACGCGGUGCUGUUUAUACUGGCCGGGCUGAUCUUCUACGUUCCGUUCGUGCACUACGGCUACCACCCAAAGUUCAUGGGUAAUGUGACCCUAUUUUUCCAAAUGCUCUUCGAAGUGGUCCCAACCACCACGAUGGCGAUGUUCGAUUAGUGUGGACCUGUGAUCAUUCGUGAUCCGCGACAGCACCCAGGCAGUGGUCCGUUUUUGAUGAAACAACAUGAAUCGACUCGCUUUCGGAUGACAACCAAUCGUCACCAUCAAUUAAUAUUGUUCCACUAGCACCGAGUAGGGAACGGUGUGUACUUAUUCAGCAAUGCGCAAAGUUCUUCAGAACGCUUUAUCAUACUGGCCGAAAGUGGUCAUCUUGUUUGGGUGACUGGGCUAAACAGCAAUAUCAGUCAGUGGAAACGAAGAUGUCGAUGAGUGCCGUGGAGAGGGCGUGAGAAUUGGAAUUUUAUCGCAAAAAUAGCAAUAAUGUGUUUUGUCCCGUGCUUUCGAUGUACAAACAUAGUAGGCUUUCUGGUCCGAGUAGGCAGAAGCUGAAAGGAUCAUAAGUAUAUCUACUACCCCUGUAAAACUUUAACCGCACGUUGCACUCCGGGACAGUCCGGGGAGGCAGCGGUGUUGUGUCCAACACGACAUAGUACUUUAGUACUUGGAAGACUUCAGUCACUUUGAGUGCAGAGCUAGAAGGCGAGGUCGAGCGGAGACGAGAAGUUGGAGAUCGAUAAACGGUUAGACGGCACGUAGUAAAGGGACCCACAGUGGGCAGAUGUGCCAACGAGCUAGAAGAAGAGGAGACCGAACGUGCAACUAGUCACAAUGCCGCUCCCUCUCUGAUUCUUUAUCUGUCUCAAACACAAAGACCUGCGGAAUGAAACCUGAUAACACUUACAAGUCCACUCUUAGAGUUAAAGAAAACAUUUUUGGAGACAUUGCAUCGAGCGUGAUAUUGGACCCCAGGGGUUUGGACGUUGGACGAUAGAAACGCUGGAGAUUCGGCCCAUCAGUGCCCAACCACCCUACUCCCCUGAAGGACGAGGGGACGGAACAAAAAGCAUCCUGAGGAAAUGAUCAUUACUUAAUUACCUAUCGUUUCCAACCCCAUCAUUUGUUUUGCAAGCUGCACGGAUCAUUCCCCGAUGAUUCGCGCCUUCCUCGCGAAGGAAGCGAUCAUACUUUCCUUCGGUUUGGUGCAGGAACCGUUGGGCCGCAACAGCAGAGAGCGAUAUCGAUCAAAACAGGGCGCCGACAGGAAAGUGGACCACUUCCCGUGUGGGGCCAGCUUAGGGUAGGGGAUUCGAUUGGCGCACCAUGGAGCUAUCAUUCCGCGCCGAAGGAUCCACUGUCCGCUGUGCUCGCCGCGAAGCUCAGUUCUCGGCAAACCAUCGCCGGUGUUCUGCUGGUUGGCUUGUUGCGGUAGUUUUCGUUUUGUUCCAUUGUUUUUCUUCAAAUCCAGACGGCGGAGUGAAGAUGUGGUUUUAUGUGUUUGGUUGGCAAAAUAAAAACGAGGACAUCGCGGGCCAGGGGGCCGGAACGUGGUUUGCUUUCUUUUCCCAUUGGUUCCAUUCGCUUUCCGAUUAACCAAUAGCAAGGAACAUAACACCAACAAAACAAAGCUUCAUUGAACGCGCGAGCGCGGCCGGAGAGAAACUGUGAAUUUGAUAAGCACUUUUUGUACGACGGAAUAAAAUCCCUAUUGGUAACAAACCUACAAAACCAAACCAACACACAGCGCUGCUACCCAAACCACCCCAAAGGGCACCAUGAUAACAAUCAGAACGUGCAGAGACGGCCAGAAAAGUAGCACAGAAGUUUUGGGAAAGCAACGCAAGGAAACGUCCUUCACCUCGAGAGAGAUAAACGUAGUGUGAUUAGGAAAGUAAUGUUCAUUCGUUUAUUGAUUUUUGUAACUUUAUUGAAAAUAAAGAGACGUUAUUUAUAUCCUGCAAG